CCACCUACUGUGAGGAGCAGCUCCUCCCACCUGCACAUAAAAGCCAAGUGCAUGUUACCAGCAGCGGAUCAGAGCACUUUCCUGAUCUUCUCUUCUGGGAGCCCCCAGCCUCUCUUUGGAUCUUACUUUCUCAAGGUGCUGUUCCAGAAGUGGAGCAGUGAGUGGUGAAGAAACAAAAACCACCAGCCCCAGGCGUUCCCCCGGCAGGCACAAGCAAGGGCAUUGGUCCUCAAUUCCACAGACCCGUCAAGUCUAAAUGAUGGAGACGUAAACCCAGGCUUCUCUGAGGCUGCCAUCAGGAAGACUAGGUGCCUGUGCAGUGAGCCUCAGGGUGGCCACAGAAGACAAGCUUUGCUGCUAAAAAGGUGAUGGCUGUGCCGCCCGCCCCUCUGCAGCUUCUGGGAGUGCUGCUUGCCAUCUCCCUGGGCUCCAUCAGGCUCAUUCAGGCUGGUGUCUACUAUGGGGUCAAGCCGCUGCCACCUCAAAUUCCUCCUCAGAUCCCACCACAAAUUCCACAAUACCAGCCCCUGGGCCAGCAAGUCCCUCACAUGCCUUUGGGCAAAGACGGCGCUGCCAUGGGCAAGGAGAUGCCCCACUUGCAGUACGGCAAGGAGUAUCUGCACCUACCCCAGUAUAGGAAGGAAAUGCCACAGGUGCCAAGAAUGGCCAAGGAAGCAGUCCCCAAGAAAGGCAAAGUAGAAAUACCACUAGCCAGUUUACGAGGUGAGCAAGGUCCCCGUGGAGAGCCUGGCCCAAGAGGACCCCCGGGGCCCCCUGGUUUACCAGGCCAUGGGAUACCUGGAAUCAAAGGAAAACCAGGGCCACAAGGAUAUCCAGGAAUUGGAAAGCCAGGUAUGCCUGGAAUGCCAGGAAAGCCGGGAGCCAUGGGAAUGCCUGGGGCAAAAGGUGAAAUUGGACCCAAAGGAGAGAUUGGGCCUAUGGGCAUCCCAGGACCACAAGGACCUCCAGGGCCUCACGGACUUCCUGGCAUUGGGAAGCCAGGUGGACCAGGGUUACCAGGACAACCAGGAGCAAAAGGUGAUCGUGGACCCAAAGGACCACCAGGACCUCCAGGCCUUCAGGGUCCUAAAGGAGAGAAGGGCUUCGGGAUGCCAGGUUUGCCAGGCCUGAAGGGCCCUCCUGGGGUGCCUGGCCCUCCCGGCCCUGUCGGACUUCCAGGAGUGGGCAAACCAGGAGUGACAGGCUUCCCUGGGCCUCAGGGCCCUCUGGGAAAACCAGGGCCUCCAGGAGAGCCUGGGCCACAGGGCCUUAUUGGGGUACCCGGGAUCCAAGGACCUCCUGGGAUGCCUGGAGUUGGAAAACCAGGCCAGGAUGGGAUCCCUGGCCAGCCAGGAUUUCCAGGUGGCAAAGGAGAGCAAGGGCUCCCAGGACUGCCAGGGCCCCCAGGCCUUCCAGGGAUUGGGAAACCAGGCUUCCCAGGACCCAAAGGUGACCGGGGUUUGGGGGGUCUGCCUGGACCUCUUGGACCGAGAGGAGAGAAAGGACCAGCAGGUGCCCCUGGAAUGGCAGGACCCCCAGGAGAGCCAGGCCUGCCUGGAAUCCCAGGUCCAAUGGGCCCUCCAGGUGCUAUUGGUUUUCCUGGACCUAAAGGAGAGGGUGGGGUUGUGGGGCCACAGGGGCCACCAGGUCCCAAGGGUGAGCCAGGGCUUCAAGGCUUCCCAGGAAAGCCAGGUUUUCUUGGUGAAGUGGGGCCCCCUGGUAUGAGGGGUUUGCCAGGUCCCAUAGGGCCCAAGGGGGAGGCUGGGCUCAAAGGUUUACCAGGGCUUCCUGGAAUUCCAGGGCUCCUUGGACCCAAGGGAGAACCAGGAAUCCCAGGGGAUCAGGGCUUACAGGGUCCCCCGGGCAUCCCAGGAAUUGUAGGCCCUAGUGGUCCCAUUGGACCACCUGGAAUUCCAGGCCCCAAAGGAGAACCAGGCCUCCCAGGGCCCCCUGGGUUCCCUGGAGUAGGGAAGCCGGGAGUAGCAGGACUUCAUGGCCCCCCAGGGAAGCCUGGUGCUCUUGGUCCUCAAGGCCAGCCUGGCCUUCCAGGGCCCCCAGGCCCUCCAGGGCCCCCAGGGCUCCCAGCUGUGAUGCCCCCUACACCGCCUCCCCGUGGAGAGUAUCUGCCAGAUAUGGGGCUAGGAAUUGAUGGAGUGAAAACCCCUCAGGCCUAUGGGGCUAAGAAAGGCAAGAAUGGAGUGCCAGCCUAUGAGAUGCCUGCAUUUACUGCCGAGCUGACAGCACCUUUCCCACCAGUGGGAGCCCCAGUGAAGUUUGACAAACUGCUCUAUAACGGCAGACAGAACUACAACCCACAGACGGGCAUCUUCACCUGUGAGGUCCCUGGUGUCUACUACUUUGUGUACCACGUUCACUGCAAGGGGGGCAACGUGUGGGUUGCUCUGUUCAAGAACAACGAGCCCAUGAUGUACACGUACGACGAGUACAAAAAAGGCUUUCUGGACCAGGCAUCUGGGAGUGCGGUGUUGCUGCUCAGGCCUGGAGACCGGGUGUUCCUGCAGAUGCCCUCAGAACAGGCUGCGGGACUGUACGCCGGGCAGUACGUCCAUUCCUCCUUUUCAGGAUAUUUAUUGUAUCCCAUGUAAAAAAAAAAAAAAAAAAGAGAGAGAGAGAGAGAGAAGAAAAAUGAAAAGAAAAUUAAAAAAGAGAUUAAAUGGAAGAAAAUGACACACACACGCACCAAAAAAAACACACAAUUGCUUAAAAACAUUUAAGUAGUUGGAAAGUGACAUCUAAGUGAAAAUUUGGACCUCCAUGUACAAAUAAAAACUAAAGUGGAUGUAAUGCUCUGCACAGCUGCUCAUAAUUGAAAACGAUGAGAUAGAUUUAUAUAUCAAGUACUGACACACAUGUUGUACCCACUGGAAUCAUAUUAGCUGGUGUAUCUUAUAUGCUACCAUGAUAACCUGCUUAUUCAGAUCAGUCAAAAUAUUUCAGUAUGAAAGAUCAUUGCUAAUGAAAGUCACUUAUAUUGUUUACUUUAAAAUAUUUAUAAAUAAGACUUAAAGAAGCAUCAGUGAUAGCAAUCAGGUACCAUAUUUACCUGCAUAAUUUCUUCUGUGUGUGUGCAGAUACUUUGCCAUGGAAGGUGGGGGAGAAGUUCAGCCCCAGAGGAAGCAGGGGAGAGAAUCAUGGUAGUGCUUUAGUCCAAGGGACGUUGCUCUCCUGUCUGAGGCUGUGUCUUUUAGGAGACAGAGCAGUCCUACUCAGAAUUGUGUCUCUGGUGUCUCUAAAAAGACAGGUGACCCAAUCAACCAUUGUGUAUUUACUCAGUGCCUUCCUUGUGCCUGGCACUGAGUGAGACACUUCUGUGGGAUGUAAGAUGGUGCCCCACAAGGCACAAACAAACCAGCAGGGAGACAUGAGCAAUAAUUAACUCAUCUACCCCUCAAGGUUUUCUUUUUUUAAUUUCUGAUAUUUCUUCCUCUUUGUUCUUUCCUCCAUGUAAUUUCCACUAUGGCCUAACUAAUAUAAACACUGGGAAGUUAUAAAAUGAUAAUAAUCCUGCCCCCUCCAGUUUUGCAGAAUGUUCAUUAUCAAAAGCAGUUAUCAAUUGUGUUUACAUGCAUAUAAAAACCCCCCACCUUCCCUACACACACAAAUGUCCACAAUGAAGUUUCAACCAUGAAGGAGCUAAUAUUUUUCAGUAGCUUUUGAAUUUUGAAGGAAUUUCCCUUUGUAGCAUAUAUGUAUAAUUGACAUGUCAUCUGAGGUUCCGAGUAAAUUUCCAAAAUCCAAGCCAUUUCUUAUUUGGGGAAGAAGUUCCAAAUUAUAUAGAAAAAAAAAUUUAUUUGAAAUAAUUUCUGAAGUUCAAAGCUAAAAAUGGAUAUGCUCCUUCCUGAUAUAGGGACUAAAAUUGUAGGAAAGGAAUUGUUUCUUUAGAAACAACCUAUGGGAGAGUUCUUGGAAUGUAAAGGGCAUGCUUUUUAUGUUAUCCAAUACUCAACACAAGUCAAAAGCCAAGGCCAAUGCAAGUUUGAAAAGGAAAAAUAAAUUAUUUUUCCAGGUUUUCACUUAGGCAUAUACUAUUUCUAACUGCUUCAGGCAUUCUAAUCUGACCUCAAAACAGAGAGAAAUUUCAAGUCUGCUAUUAGCCUGCUGUAGACACUGUUAGCCACUGGGGAAAAUUAUGUGGAGUUACACUGGUGGCAUCAGAUAUCUUUUCCUCAAAAUUGAGAGUGAGAAGGUACAAUUGGGGAAAAAAAAAAAACACAAAUAAACACGGUAUAAACACACAUGGAAAUGCAUCUGUGU